GUCGCUGUCGCUUUCCAAAAAAAGCUCCCAAAUCGACAGCCUCAACUCAUCAGCGCACUACCAGAAGGGCCGGGAUAUCUGGAACACACUUCAGGUUGCACGUGAAUUUGGAGACGCAGACUCAAUAGUUUGCACUUCCGCACUUGGAUCAGGGAAGAGGAAACAUCUAUGAAGUGACUUGCCCUAAUCUCGUCUGAAUCAGUUUUUCUCAUCGUAAAUACAACAUACUUCUUAGAUUGGUUAUAAAAAAAAAAAACUUUUUUCAAAGAACCUGUUAUUGGUCUCUGGACCACGGGAACAUAAUACUGUCCAUAUCAAUAUGGUGUCUAUGUGUGUAUGUGUACAUAUUUAUACAGUCAGAUAUUUAAUGAUGUAAAAUUCUUAGAUGGUCCUGCUGAAAGGUUAAACAAUUUCUGGUUGUUUGCCUCUUAUUGUGAAAAAGUGACAUAACAGGGUGCAUAUAUUAAUUUUUGUGCUGUGUCCACACUAACGUUUACGAAAAAAAUACUCAGUGUGAAAUCUGGUGCAGCGGAUAAGUUUGAGUGCUGUGACCCUUGCGCUUCGAUCUGACAGAUCCACGGGCACCAUCAAGGGCUUUUAUAUCUUGUGUUUCAGAGAGCUUAAUCUGCUGUGUCAAUCCCUGAGAUUCUGGGCUCCCCCUGCCUGCCUGUUUGUCCCACAGCGCUCUGUCUGUCCGUCCGGCGCACGCUAAGACUCAGAGCAAGAGCAGCGGGAAGGGGGACUGAGGGGAACAUGGACAGAGCCAUCCGCCCCCUGGUCCCCUCAAAUGGCUGACCGUGGCGGGAGGGACCCUUCUGUUGACUCGUGCGCAGCACUUCACACAGCACCGCCCCUGGCUGGCACGGAGAGCUAGAGAGAGCCGAGGCCCCGUCCAGCCGAGCGCAUGUCCUGCCUGAGGCGCCAGCCUGUGACCAUCCCCAUGGACACUGUCAAGAUCAUCCAAUCGGAGAAGUUCCCCCACGAGUGCCCCGCGCCCGUCACCCAGCCCCGCUAUGCCCCCCAGCCGCGGGUGGCCUGGGACUGCGGGGGCGAGGGGGAGGUCAUCGUCAACCAGGCCUGCAGCGACCUGGCCCUGGACCUGACGGUGGGCACCAUGCCUCCCAGGUCUCUGGUCUCGCCGCCCCACCCGCCCCCACCCGCCCCGAGCCGCAGGGAGCGGGGCUACCUGGCCCAGCGCAAGACCAGCGCGGCCGAGCUCUGCUACCACGGCCAGUUCCACUACAAGAUGGAGGACGUCAUCGUCAACCAGUACGUCCUGCGCUCGGCGCCACCCGCCUCCAACGCGGUAGCGCCCUACGAGCCCCUGGACUGCCCCACCUGCGGCCACACCUACAAUUUCGCGGGCAAGCGGCCCCGGAUCCUCUCCUGCCUGCACUCGGUGUGUGAGGAGUGUCUGCAGAUCCUCUAUGAGUCCUGCCCCAAGUACAAGUUCAUCUCCUGCCCCACCUGCCGCCGCGAGACCGUGCUCUUCACCGACUACGGGCUGGCCGCGCUGGCCAUCAACACCAGCAUCCUGAGCCGGCUGCCCACUGACUCCAGCGCCACCGUGCAGUGGGGCGGUGACGCCGACCGCAGCUGCUACCAGACCGUGCGCCAGUACUGUCAGUCGGCCUGCACCUGCCAUAUUGGCAACCCUCUGUCUUCCUGCGGCAUCAUGUAGGGACCCCUGGACUGGCAUUCUCGCCCCACCUUCCCCCGCCCCCAC